AUGAGGGCCUGUCUGUGGAGACUCGGUCGCCUGGGCCAGCGGCUCCUGCUCCUGGCCGUGCUGCUCUUCAUCCUCUUCGCCCUGUCCUCCUACAUUAAGGAGCCCAACACAAAGCCAUCCAGAGUCCCUGCUCCCCGAAACAGCUCGCUGGACACACAGCCUACUACGGCCACAGCCCACACCACUGCAGAGAGCAGGAGGGCAGAGGGCGGCCGGGCGGCCACCAAGGAGCAGAGCCGGGCACCCAGCACAGCGAGGACGGUGUCACCGAGGAGUCAGCAGAGGACGGAGACCGUGGGCAGCAGGCUGUCACCGAGAAGUCAAGAUCAGGGGACAGUCUCUCACAGGACAAGCCUGGACUCGAGGACAACCAAAGGCAGGGGACGCCUCACUGAGAGGCCAACGGCCACAAGGACAGUGUCAGCAAAGCCUCAGGGCAAAGCGACCACCCGAGCAGGGACGCCCACUCCAGGACGGCAGGUGCCCACCACCCCCAGAGCAAGGUCAACACAGAGGGGACCGAAAGGUGUGAGCACAGCAGCUGUUCCGCCCAGGAAGACGGCCCAGACGCCCCCGCGCUCCGCCCGGCCCCAGGGCCCCACCACGCAGCAGGCCCAGAGACUGCAGGCCACCAACUUCAAGUCUCAGCCCGAGUGGGACUUCGAGGACGAGUACAGCGUGGACAAUGGGAGCCUCCAGACGACCUGCCCUGACUCGGUGAAGGUGAAGGCCGCCCGGUCCCCCUGGCUCCGGAGCCUCUUCCUGCCCAACCUCACCCUCUUUUUGGAUUCGAGUCGCUUCAACCAGAGCGAAUGGGACCGCCUGGAGCACUUCGCACCGCCCUUUGGCUUCAUGGAGCUCAACUACUCCGUGGUGCGGGACGUGGUGGCGCAUUUCCCCCGGGUGCCGCAGCAGCAGCUGCUCCUGGCCGGCCUGCGCCCCGGGGGCUCCCGCUGCGCCACCUGUGCCGUGGUGGGCAACGGGGGGAUCCUCAACAACUCGCGCAAGGGCCAGGAGAUCGACAGCCACGACUACGUGUUCCGGCUGAGCGGGGCCGUCAUCAAGGACUACGAGCAGGAUGUGGGCACGCGGACGUCCUUCUACGGCUUUACCGCCUUCUCCCUGACCCAGUCGCUGCUCAUCCUGGGCAGCCGGGGUUUCAAGCACGUGCCUAUGGGGAAGGACGUCCGCUACCUGCACUUCCUGGAAGGUUCCCGGGACUUCGACUGGCUGGAAGCAUUUCUCCUGAAUGAGCCCCUGAAGAAAAAGAGUCUUUUCUGGUUCAGCCGCAAUCCCCGGGACGUUUUCCCAAAAGACCUGCAGCUGGACAGGUACCUGCUGCCGCACCCGGACUUGCUCCGCUACAUGAAGAACAGGUUCCUGAGGUCCAACACCCUGAGCACUGCCCGCUGGAGGAUAUACCGCCCCACCACGGGCGCCCUCCUGCUGCUCACCGCCCUCCAGCUCUGCGACCAGGUGAGCGCCUACGGCUUCAUCACUGAGGGCCACGAGCGCUUCUCUGAUCACUACUAUGACAAGACGUGGAAGAAAACUGUCUUUUACAUCAACCAUGACUUUGCACUGGAGAAAAAAGUCUGGAAGCGGCUACACGACGAGGGUAUCAUCCGGCUGUACCAGCGUCCCGUGACCCCCAAGCCCAAGAGCUGAGUGGGGCCUGAGCUAUAAUGGCCUCGUCGCUGUCCCAAGGCACAAGGGUCGGGGGAGUCUCGAGAC